AAGAGAGAGUGAGUCAGAACAUUAUAUCCAAAUAGUAAAUACUGAUCAAUUUGUGCAAAUUUGUGCGUGAAAGGAAGAAAAAAAAAAAUAGAAAAACUUGUUGUUUGUUUUUAUAUGGUGAUAUAAUAUAAAGAAUGCCACUUCAUCGAUAUACACACGCGGUUUUAUGCCGAGUACCAAACUCAUUGAAGACCAAGGGCGAGGUCUCAAUUGAAGAAGCUAAAAAUCAACAUUCAGCAUUGGCACAAUUAUUGCGAGAACUUGGUAUUGAUGUUGUAGAAAUGCCACCUGAUGAAAAUUCACCAAAUUGUGCAUUUAUUGAAGAUGUUGCUGUUCUUUGUAAUGGUACUGCAUUAAUUGCAAGACCUGAUGAAACAACCAGAGUACAAGAGAUUGAAACAAUUAGAGCUGUUUUAAAAAAAGAACUUGAAUUACCACUUGUUGAAAUUGCUGAUAAAAAUGCACGACUUGAUGGUGGUGAUGUUUUAUUUACUGGAAGAGAAUUUUUCGUUGGAUUAUCACAAUAUACAAAUGAAGCUGGCGCAAGAGCUGUUGCAGCAGCAUUUCCAGAAUAUCCUUGUGUUCCAGUCAAGGUUGCUGAAAAUAAAAGACUAAAAGGACUUGUCACAAUGGCAGGACCAGAUGUUAUUUGUGUUGGUCUUGGUAAAGAUUCACAAGAAGUAUUAAAGAGAAUUGAACGUGAAGCAACUUAUACAUAUUCAACAUUGACAGUAUUGGAGGAUACAGCAUCAAAUGUAAUUUAUGUUAAUGGUACUCUUAUUCAUCGUCAUUAUGAUGAAAUACCAAAAUCAAGUAAAGUUUUUGAUGGUAAAGUUGAAUUUCCAACAAAAUCAUUACGUAUGUCUGAACUUGCCAAAUUUAGUUGUGGAUUAUCAUCAUGCUGUUUGCUGGUUCGUAAACCUCGACAUAUUCGUAGUCUUUAA